AUGAAACUUCGUCCAUAUCAAGUGAAAGCAUCGUGGCGUAAGGGUUCAGAGCACGUAUUCGCAGACGCCCUCUCACGACAUCCUGUAUCAAUCCCGACUAGUGAUGAUGAACUUGGAGAAGAUCCAGCACUGUCCUGCCGCAGUAUCUGUAUCUGUCUACUCCAAGAUGGUCCCCAGAGUCUCCAGUUCGCUAAGCUCCGUGCCGCAGCAGCAUCUGAUCCUGACUACCAGAUGCUACUCGGGUAUAUCCAGAACGGAUUUCCCUCAGCACAAAAGCAGCUGCCCGAGCCUCUUCGUGCGUAUUGGAACGUGCGUGAACAUUUGUCCACCGACAAUGGCAUAGUCCUGAAAGGUCUACGCAUAGUCGUCCCAGCCUCUCUGCGUGCGUCAACGCUGAUCGACCUUCACGCAGCCCACCAAGGUCUGACCCGUACCAAGCGACGUGCUCGUCAGACAGUGUAUUGGCCCGGAAUGAACAGUGAGUUAGACACGCUAGUCCGCAGCUGUGAUUCAUGCCGUGAAUUUCAGCCGUCUCAGUCUGCCGAACCGCCCAUUUCUGACCGCAAGCCCACUUUGCCAUUCGAAAGUGUUAGUGCUGACCUUUUCUGUUGCCAAGGUUGCGAGUAUUUGGUAUUCGUCGACCGUUUAACCGGAUUGCCAUGCAUAGCCAAGCUUGGUCACUCAGCCACGUCAGCUGACGCCAUCCGUCAUUUCCGCAGGUGGUUCCCAGACGUAGGCGUACCACAGGUCAUUUCAACGGACGGCGGUCCUCAGUUUGCGUCUCACAGAUUUGCUGAAUUUUGCGAGCGCUGGGGAAUCCGUCAUAUCAAGUCGUCCCCUCACUACCCGCAGUCGAACGGACAUGCGGAGGCAGCCGUGAAGGCAAUGAAGUACCUGGUGGAAAAGACUACCAAUGAUGGUAAUCUAGACACCGAUGCUUUCCAGCGUGGCCUUCUCGAGUGGCGCAAUACUCCUGGCACUUCGGGAAAGAGCCCUGCCCAGUUACUGUAUGGUCGCCCACUCGUCUCCUUCGUUCUCGCCCAAUGGAGCCAGUUUGACUCCCACUGGCAAGACACCGCAUCUGACAUGGAUGAUGUUGAUCGAGUAGACCAGCCUCCCAGUCAGCCUCACCGAGAGCUUCCCCACUUGUCUAUCGGGACGCACGUUGACAUUCAGCACCCGAAGACAAAACGGUGGUCUUCCCGCGGCGUUGUCGUGGCUAUCGGUGACCACCGCGACUACUACGUCAAGCUACCGAGUGGACGCGUAUAUGGGCGCAACCGUCGCUACCUCCGCCCGUACCGUCCUCCUACUCCAGCUUCAACAGCCAUGCCUGCAUCGUCUCCCGUACCCGACGCUUCACCACAAGCAGUCCAUGUGACUCAGUCGUCGCCACAGUCAACUGUUCAGGUACCACCUCAAACAAGCCAACGUCCCCGGCGACAGAAUGUCCCUUUCAACAUUAUUUCAACGCGUGGACAAUCGUACAAUUAA